AUCCUUGACGUUUUUACUAAAGAGCUUUCAUUUUUAAAAAUUACAAAAAAAGUUAUAAGUACAGAGAGACAUUUUCCCCAUAAUAAUUUGAGAUUGAGGAGACUAUCUGAUGCCUUAUCCCCUGCCAAAUACAUUAAUUUACUUUCCAACAAACAAGGACAUCCUCUGAUGUAACUAACAGGCAACCACGAAAAUCAGGAAAUUAACAUGGACACAUCAUUACCAUGGCACCCUAGGCCCCAUUUAAACUUUUCCAGUUGUCCCUAUAACUUCCUUUCAAGCAAAAUGGUCCAGUCCAGAAUCAUGUGUUGUGUUUAGUUGUCACGCCUCUUUGGUCCCCUUCAGUUUGGAACAGUUCAAGGGUCUUUGAGUUUCAUGACCUUGGCACUUUCUAAGAUUACAGUUUUGUAUACAGCAUGUCUCUUUAUUUGGGUUUGUCUGAUGUAUCCUCAUGAUUACACUCAGGUUAUGGAUCUUCAGCAGGAAUGUCACAAGAGUGAUACUGGCAUCUUCUCAGGGCAUCCUACCAAGUGUCACAUUACUUCACUUUGUCCCAUUCCUGACAAUGCAGACUCUCAUCACUACAUCAGAGCCUGCACUCUUAACUACCCCAUGACAGUCUACAAAGGUCCCUUCUCCAGAAGCCACAGAGUGAGAUCCAUUUGGUAAAGCAAAUCCACUAGCAUCAGUCCCUCAUGAUCAAAGUAAUUGCGGCUCCAUAACAUCUGCUGUAAAGCCGUUAACAUAGCAACAGAAAAGCCAAGCUUAUGUACAUUUUUGGCUUUUGGGCUACAAACAGAUGUAUAUACAUUCAGGCACAGACUAAAAACACUUUUUUCCCCUUGUUUCCCUCACUUCGCUCCUGGUGGGCCUUGUAGUCUGUUAGACCCUCUCUCCCAGGCUUCAAUGCUAAAACUACAUUUUCUAUUUCUUUCCAGAGUACAUACUAUGUGUCAGGCACAAUUACUCUACAUGUCACUAGGAAUACUAGAUCAUUAAGACACAGUCACCAUUGCUAAGAAACCCACAUUUAACUGGGUACACAAAAAUUGUUUAAUUCUUAACAACCAUUUGAUGGUAGAUGUAAGUAUUUGACUCCAAGUCCCAUGCUCUUUUUACAUUCCAACAAUUGUCUCUUGGAUCUUUUCAUCACAUAGAGCAGAGAGAAAAAUAAGCAAAAAUUAAUAGCUGACUCUUUCUCAGCACCUACUGUGUGCCAGGCACAGUUUUUGUGGCCUACAGUUUUAUCUUAUUGAAUCCUUAGCCAUUUUGCAGAAGAGAAAACUCACUUACGUGUUUUCUUAGACUUGCCCAAGGUCCACAGCUGCUAAAUUGCAGAGUCAAGUUUGGAACUCCAGAGCCUGUGUAUAGUUAAAUGUCUACACAGAGCCCAGGGAUAGUGAGGGCUUCCCAGGGAGGGCCCAGGAGUAUUCUGCUCACUAUAUCUCCUUGGCCUAGCACAGGUGAGGGGCACUCAGUAUAUUUUAAUUAAAUCAGUGAAUAAAUGAAUGAAUUUACAAACCUGCUGGAAAUGAGAAUGGAAACGUCUCCUGGAGAGAAUACUUGGGAACUCUAGAGUUUGCCCAUUAUUCCUUCAUUCCCUCUUAAACUCCUGCAUAAAGGACACUGCCCUGUGCCCAAGACGGUGCUUAUGAGACAGAGCCAAAGAUACAAGAGACACAGUUUUGAUCUUCAUUAUACCCAAUUGAAUGCUGUGUCCCAGGCACCCUAUCAUCUCACAGUAUGUACCACAACUACCCUAUGGGCUAAUCCUACAUCUCUAUUUUACAGAUUUACAAUCUCAGAGUGGCAAAGUCUCCUUAGGCCAAGAUGGCUCAGCGGAUUCCACACCAGUCAUCACAGGCUGAGCGUCGCAGUGCGAAGCAGGCGCAGCAGGGAGGCCCACUUCACGGGGAAACCACGCCCCAGCCAUCAUUUUGGUCCUUGCAAAUCCACCCCUCCUUUCUAAGAUCCCAGCCCGCCAUUCUACAGGCAAAUCUGCCGCAGCGUUCCAUCCUGCCCUUGCAGCCAGCGCGACAUCCGCUGUCGACAACGUCAUUUCCGGCGCGCCGACUCCGGCGCAUCCGGGGUCUGGCGUAGGAGAGACUGCCUUCUUCCGUGGACUGUGAAGUUGAGUUUGGUACGCUGGAGCCUCGGAGAGGGGUGGGGAGGGGAUUCCAUUUCGCAGACAGCUCUGUCGAGGCACGGAGAAGGGCGGUGCUGGUUGGGGUCAGUCAAGAACCUGAGCCUCCUUCGCCAAACCUAGACAGCAAGAGAGAGACAAGCCCGAGGCCUGGCUUCUAGCGCUCCUGAGUUUGAGCCCUAUAAGCAGUGGAACCUAGGUGACUGGCCAUGUCACUGUCCCACUUGUACCGGGAUGGGGAAGACCGCAUUGAUGAUGAUGAUGAUGAACGGGAGAACUUUGAGAUCACUGAUUGGGAUCUCCAGAAUGAGUUCAACCCCAACCGACAGCGCCACUGGCAGACCAAGGAAGAAGCCACCUAUGGGGUGUGGGCAGAGCGAGACUCAGAUGAGGAGAGGCCCAGCUUUGGAGGCAAACGGGCCCGUGACUACUCUGCGCCAGUGAACUUUAUCAGCGCGGGGCUCAAGAAAGGGGCGGCGGAGGAGGCAGAGUUGGAAGAUUCUGAUGACGAAGAGACACCUGUGAAGCAGGAUGACUUUCCUAAGGAUUUUGGACCCAAGAAGUUAAAAACGGGUGGCAAUUUUAAGCCCAGCCAGAAAGGUUUUGCAGGAGGAACCAAAUCUUUCAUGGACUUUGGCAGCUGGGAAAGACACACAAAAGGAAUUGGACAGAAGCUUCUUCAGAAGAUGGGCUACGUCCCUGGACGGGGCCUCGGGAAGAAUGCACAAGGUAUCAUUAACCCAAUCGAAGCCAAGCAGAGAAAAGGAAAAGGUGCCGUGGGGGCUUAUGGAUCCGAGCGUACCACGCAGUCCGUGCAAGACUUCCCUGUGGUUGACUCAGAAGAAGAAGCUGAAGAGGAGUUUCAGAAGGAGCUGAGCCAGUGGAGGAAAGACCCAAGUGGAAGCAAGAAGAAGCCCAAAUACUCUUACAAGACCGUGGAAGAGCUGAAGGCCAAGGGCAGGAUUAGCAAGAAGCUCACUGCUCCCCAGAAGGAGCUCUCUCAAGUCAAGGUCAUAGACAUGACAGGCCGGGAGCAGAAGGUCUAUUACAGCUACAGUCAGAUCAGCCACAAGCACAACGUUCCUGAUGAUGGGCUGCCGCUGCAGUCCCAACAGCUGCCACAGUCUGGCAAAGAGGCCAAGGCCCCGGGCUUCGCGCUGCCCGAGCUGGAGCACAACCUGCAGCUGCUCAUUGACCUCACCGAGCAGGAGAUCAUCCAGAAUGACCGGCAGCUACAGUAUGAGCGGGACAUGGUGGUCAACCUCUUCCAUGAGCUGGAGAAGAUGACUGAGGUCCUGGACCAUGAGGAGCGUGUCAUCUCCAACCUCAGCAAGGUCUUGGAGAUGGUGGAGGAGUGCGAGCGGCGGAUGCAGCCCGACUGCAGCAACCCCCUCACCCUGGACGAGUGCGCCCGCAUCUUUGAAACCCUGCAGGACAAGUACUAUGAGGAGUACAGGAUGUCUGACCGUGUGGACCUUGCCGUGGCUAUCGUCUAUCCACUCAUGAAGGAGUACUUCAAGGAGUGGGAUCCCCUCAAAGACUGCACUUACGGCACCGAGAUCAUCUCCAAAUGGAAAAGCCUCCUAGAGAAUGACCAGCUCUUGUCCCAUGGCGGACAGGACCUCUCCGCAGAUGCCUUUCACAGGUUGAUAUGGGAAGUCUGGAUGCCUUUUGUUCGAAAUAUUGUCACCCAGUGGCAGCCAAGAAACUGUGACCCGAUGGUGGACUUUCUCGAUAGUUGGGUGCACAUUAUUCCUGUGUGGAUCUUAGAUAACAUACUGGACCAACUCAUCUUCCCCAAGCUGCAGAAGGAGGUGGAAAACUGGAACCCACUCACAGACACCGUUCCCAUCCACUCUUGGAUCCACCCGUGGCUGCCCCUCAUGCAGGCACGGCUGGAGCCGCUGUAUUCCCCCAUCCGUAGCAAGCUGUCCAGCGCCCUGCAGAAGUGGCACCCCAGUGACUCCUCUGCCAAGCUCAUCCUCCAGCCCUGGAAGGAUGUCUUCACUCCUGGCUCCUGGGAAGCAUUCAUGGUCAAAAACAUAGUGCCCAAGCUGGGGAUGUGUCUUGGUGAGCUAGUCAUUAACCCCCACCAACAGCACAUGGAUGCUUUCUACUGGGUGAUCGACUGGGAAGGGAUGAUCUCUGUCUCUAGCCUGGUGGGACUUCUUGAAAAGCACUUCUUCCCCAAGUGGCUGCAGGUGCUGUGCUCCUGGCUCAGUAACAGCCCAAAUUAUGAGGAGAUCACCAAGUGGUACCUGGGUUGGAAGUCUAUGUUCUCAGACCAAGUGCUGGCACAUCCAUCUGUCAAGGACAAGUUUAACGAAGCACUUGAUAUCAUGAACCGGGCGGUGUCCUCCAACGUUGGGGCCUACAUGCAGCCAGGAGCACGGGAGAACAUUGCCUAUCUCACCCACACGGAGCGGAGGAAGGACUUCCAGUACGAGGCCAUGCAGGAGAGGCGGGAGGCCGAGAACAUGGCCCAGAGGGGCAUUGGUGUGGCCACCAGCUCUGUGCCCAUGAACUUUAAGGACCUCAUUGAGACCAAGGCCGAGGAGCACAACAUUGUCUUCAUGCCCAUCAUUGGGAAGCGACACGAAGGGAAGCAGCUCUACACCUUUGGCCGCAUUGUGAUCUACAUCGACCGGGGAGUGGUCUUUGUCCAGGGCGAGAAGACCUGGGUGCCCACCUCACUGCAGAGCCUGAUUGAUAUGGCCAAGUGAACUGUGGCAGGUCCAGAGACUUGCACCUGAGAGGGAUGUGUUGUGAAUAAACAUUUUAGAUCACCUUCAAAAGGGUAACGCCUCUAUUCCAGAGAUACUCCACAUCAGGCCAGGUCACAAGGGAAGGAUGCAAAAUGGGACAAUCACUUAGCAGUGCGUGCAUCUUUAUACCAAUUAUGUGGGGUAUCGUCCUCAAAACAGGAGAGCCAAGUUGAUGUGAAUUCCUGGCAAAGGAGUUCUCUGUAGUUUCUCCACAGCAGCCUUCCCUUUAGUCUCUACCUUAGCCAACAAUGAGUACCUGACAGUGAGUUCAGGUCAGUAGCUGAAGGAUCUUCUGUCUUGUUCCUGAUGAUUUCAAGGUCCUCACAGUCCUGAUAAUCUGGUUCUUCCCAAAACUCCCAAGCAUCUGUGGAGAGCUGUUGUAGCUUUUGUACAGGGAACCAGUGGACAGAGGUAUCAUUAAACAUGUCCAUGUACUGUGAAGUCUGAGGAAACUCAAGCUCCUCCAGUCCUUUUAAAAUCUGAGCAGAAAAAUUCAAGCGUGAAAACUUGGUAGUCACAGUAAUUUCCACUCUUUGGGUUAAAUGUCCAUGUUACUUGUUACCCCACUUUCCUUUUUAAAAAAAAUAACGAAGAGGAUAUUUCCGUUUAAAUGCUUUUGCACAAUGAAUUGGGUGCCCCAAGGACAGUGGAUAUCAUGGACUGUGAUACUGAGAAUAAAGGAAAUAAGGAAAAAAACUAA